AUGCAGAAAACUGGGACCACAGAGGUACCAGAACAAGUAGCACUGGAGGAGGAGGAGACCUUACCAUCUUGGUGGGCUGGGCAGAAGGCAGAGCUGGAAGGAAGGAUACAAACCUUAGAAGAAGGUAUGACUGAGAAUAGAGGGUAUUUACAGAGGAUAUUACAGCUGGUUAAUCAGGCAGCGGAGGAAAAAGAUUCACCUAAGUCAGUGAAGAACCAACCACCAGCAGAGGAGAAACAGAACAAAAGUGAAGGUAAAGUACCAUGCUUAAUUACGGUUCUUAGUGAAAAUGAGAAGUACACAUUUCAACCUAAUGAACCUGGGAUUCUAGCCUCUAAACCUGUGGGGUUUACUGGACCUCCAAUUUUUAAUCAGAAGAUGCAAGAAGAGAAGCUUAUGGGUAGUUCUAGUGAGAGUAAGGGAGGAGAUGAGCAUGUUGAUACUAGAAACUACUGUAAAAACCCUUUUGGGAAUCCUAGUUCUGUAUUACCUAGACCAAAAGUGGAAUUACCAUUGUUUGAGGGUAAUAAUCCGAGGGGUUGGGUCAGGAAAUGUCAGAAAUUUUUUAAUCUGUUCGGAAUACAUGAGGAGCAGAAACUGGAAAUAGCUGCUAUGUAUUUAGUUGGAAAGGCUGAGACGUGGUUUGAUGAGUACAUUAUGCAAAAGUAUAGAGUGACAUGGCAUGAAUUUGAGGCUGAUUUGUGUCACAGAUUUUGUGAUAGAAAUUAUUCUGAUAUUAUUGAAGAAUUCAAUAAGUUGAUGCAGAAGGGGAGUGUGGAGGAGUAUCAAGAAAAGUUUGAAGAAUUAAGGCCUUAUUUAUUGCAACAGAACAUGCAGUUGGGGGAGAAUUAUUUUGUGUCCAGCUUUAUUAGUGGUCUGAAGGAGGAAUUAAAACAUAAGGUGAAAGUGUUGGAGCCUAAGAACCUAUCUGAAGCUUAUAGGCAAGCUAAACUAUAUGAGUUAGCUAAUGAAAUUGAAGGAAAGAAGUACAAAUCUCCUAGUAAAUUUUUAUCUUAUACUGCUUCAAACAGUCAACAGAACAGUGGCAAUAGGAGUUUCUUACCUAAGUCAGUUCCUCCUAAUACUAAUCAAAAACAGAAUUUGUUGGACUACAGGAGAGCCAACAAUUUGUGCUUUAAAUGUGGAGAAAAAUUUGUUCCAGGGCAUCAGUGCAAAGUCAGACAGCUGAACUGCAUGGAGGAAGAGGAACCUACAGAUUCUGUUGUACAGGAAUUAACAGAAGAAGAGAAUAGAGAGGUAGAAGAUCAAGCUAAAGAAACCCUGGAAAUUUCUAUCAAUGCAAUUACAGAGAGUGUGGGACAUACUACUUUGAGGAUUCAAGGUUUUAUCAAGGGAAAACCUAUUAAUGUGCUAAUUGACAGUGGUAGCACUCAUAGUUUUGUAACUCCUCAAUGGGCCAAGGAAGGGGUUGAAUUGGUGCAUACCCAGCCAUUAGUUAUUACAGUAGCUAAUGGGGAGAAGCUGUUCAGUACUGCUCGAAGCAAUAAGGUGAGUUGGAAGAUGCAGGGCUAUGAUUUCCAGCAUGAUUUCAGAGUGUUAUCUCUGGGAGGUAGUGAUAUGGUCUUGGGGGUAGAUUGGAUGGAAGUAUUUAGUCCUAUAAUGAUGGAUUUUAAAACUAAAACCAUCAGUUUUGAGAAAGAUGGAGAAACUGUGGUUAUAAAAGGGUCUCAAAAGCUGCCAUUAAUCAGAUCCAUCACGGGAGAAAAACUACAAAAGUUAGCAGAAAAAGACACUGAACUAAGUGGGGAGCUUUAUUUGCUAAGUGAUGAAGUGGAAGACAACUUAGUUCCUCUACCAUUACAAGAACUAUUGGAAGAGUUUAAAGAAGUUUUUGAAGAACCAAAGGGAAUGCUUCCUAGUAGGCAACAUGAUCAUGCAAUUGUCCUUAAACAGGGGACACAACCAGUAAACCUGAGACCUUAUAGAUUUGCUCAUCAUCAUAAGGCUGAAGUUGAGAAACAAAUUACUGAAAUGCUGUCCUCCUCUAUUAUUCAGGUGAGUAAAAGCCCUUUUGCUUCUCCAUGUUUACUUAUAAAGAAGAAAGAUGGAACUUGGAGAUUUUGUGUGGAUUAUAGGAAACUUAAUUCUGCUACAGUUAAAAAUAAGUUUCCUAUUCCUAUAGUGGAGGAUUUGUUAGAUAAAUUGAAUGGGGCUGUGUUCUUUUCAAAAAUUGAUUUGAGGUCGGGAUAUUGGCAAAUUAGAAUCAAGGAGGAAGAUAUUCAUAAAACUGCUUUUAGGACUCAUCAAGGACACUAUGAGUUUAAAGUAAUGCCUUUUGGUCUUACUAAUGCUCCAGCUACUUUUCAAGCCUUGAUGAAUGACUUGUUUGGAGCAUAUUUAAGGAAGUUAUAUGCUAAAAGGAGUAAGUGCUUCUUUGGUCAGCAACAAGUGGAAUAUCUAGGGCAUUUAAUAUCAGCUGAUGGGGUGGCAACAGAUCUUAACAAAAUUAAAGCUAUGCAACAGUGGCCCUUGCCUAAGAAUCUGAAAGCUUUAAGAGGAUUUUUAGGCUUAACUGGUUACUACAGGAAAUUCAUAAGAGGAUAUGGGGAACUGAGUAAGCCCUUAACUAAUAUGUUGAAAAAGGAUGGGUUUUGUUGGUCAGAGGAAGCCAAAACAGCUUUUGAAAAGCUAAAGAAAGUUAUGUGUAAUGCUCCUGUGUUGGCUUUGCCUAAUUUUGAGCAGAAAUUUUUUCUGGAAACUGAUGCUAGUUCAAAAUGGAUUGGAGCUGUUCUUUCUCAAGCAGGGAGACAUAUCUGA